UGAUAACAUAUGUUCUAAACAAAAAAUCCAAUUAGAUUGAAUCCAAUAGAUUGAAUCUAUUGCUUUGUAGCAAAUCUUUGUACUAAAAGAAACAGUAGACAUCCUAAUUAUUUACUAGUUUAUUAGUUUUAUAAUACGUUUGAAGAGAAGAUCGAUAUAAUUGAAGCAGACAAUAUUUCAUUGUUUAUGUCACGGAAACUUUUCCGUGACUUCCCCGAAUUUCUUCUGUGUUAUAUUAAAAGCACUAACUCAAGCAUUAAUUUCACAAUUUAAACGAGUGGGAUUCUCAAUUAAUCCAUUGAUUAUUAAUAUUUAUUCAAAUAUUUAUAAUUAUUUAUAAUUAUAUUAUAAAUUUAUAAUUAUUUAAACUCUCAAUAUCGAAAAAAUGCCGCAUGCAGGCUUAGUAACUAUAAUUCUUGGAGUCACUGUAGCUACAGUUUUAUAUUUUAUGUUUGGAAAUAAUAAACAAAGAAAUGAUCAAUAUUAUGAACAUGGUUAUGAGUCUUAUCCAGAACAAUCCAGUAUGUCAAGAGAUUCCGAUGAAUGUCCAAUAUGUUUACUUCCAUUGGCAUAUAAAAUUAAUUAUAUUUUACAACCUUGUAGACAUAAAUUUCAUAAAAGAUGUAUUGAAAAAUGGGGGCAUGAAGCUGAGUCUCAAGCAUUGUGUCCACUCUGCAGAUCUCCAUUUGCUCAAAUUAGAUAGAUUUACAUAAGACUGUCAAAUUUAAUAUAAAACAAAAAUUUAUUGAUUAAUACUAUAUUUUUUGUACUUUGUUGAAAUUAAGAUGUAUUUGUUAAACAUCAAAUUUUCAAAACUACAAAUAAAUUUUUAAUAGAUAGUUGUAUAAUUGUCUUGUAUAAUUAAGACAAAAAAAAAAAUAUUCUAUUGGAAACGUAAAAUAAUUGAAAUGAAAAAAAAUUGAAAUGAAAAAAAAUAUUAUUUUCUAUAAAAACAUUAUAUGCGAGAUGAAAGUUUUGUUAUAUCUUUGUAUUGAUAACAAAAGCAUGAUAGUAAAAUUUCUUGCUCUGUU